AUGCUGCAUGGGGCUGAUUCCACGUGGCAUGCGAGCACGGCACCAGGAGUGGCAGUGAGGGGCAUGCGAGUGACGUACGACAGGGAGCACCACCGCAUCGGAUUCGCCCCACACAACUGCCCUCUGCGCCCCUCCCCUCCCCCCCCUGCUGCUGCUGCCUCUUCGGCUCCACACGCACACACUCCUCAAGCCACGCCCCAGUCUCCGCCACACGCACACACUCCUUCCUCUGCUGCUUCUGCUCCUCCCCGCCUCGCCUCUGCCGAAGCUAGUGCCGUGCCAGACCUGGAUCUUGGGUUUGGCAGCCGAAGCAACGAUGGCAGUGUGAGCAACAGUAGCGAGAACGGUGCUGGGGAGGUGAGCGAUGGGGGGAGGAGCAGCAGGGGAGGGGAGGAUGCAGAGGAGGGAGGGGAGAGGGACGAGCGAGUGGAGGGUGAUGCAGGGGUAGGGGAGGACGAGGAGAAGAGGGAGGAGGUGGGGGGAGGGCAGGAGAGGGCGGCGUCGAACCAGGGCGAUGAGUCCAAUGGGGCUGCGGAAGGGGCGUGGGCGGAUGAGGAGGAGGAGCAGUGGUGGGAUGGAGUGAGUGGCAGUGUGCUGCUGGGAGGCGACGCAGGUGGGGGCGAGCAAGGCAGGGGGGAGCUGGCGUCAUGGCGUGUGAGAGAAGGGGUGGAGGGCAGUGGGAGGGUGGAGGAGGAGGUGCAGCAGGAAGGGGAGCGUGAGGAAGAGGGUGAAGAGGAGGGAGAGGAGGGAGAGGGGGGCGAAGGGCGAGGUGGUGGUGGCAGCAGCGAUGGCAGUGUGGGUGUGGGGGAAGUUCCUCUUGCACCGCUGCACCCGCUCUCACCUGCCCGCCACUGGUCCUCCUGCACUCACACCCCCGUGAGCAUCGUCAAGGAAGCUUCCAGGAAGUACACGACGAUCCGGUGGCGGUGCAAGGGCAGGGGCGGGCAGCGUGUGCUGGCGGACGCGGAGGAGGCGCUGGCGGGCGCAGUGACGCCCGCGGAUGAGAGGGAGGCGGACGGGGGGAGGGCGCAUGAGACAGCGGAGGGGAAGGGGCGAGCGGGUGCAGAUGGGGAUGGGGCCGAGGCGGGUGGUGUGGCGGCGUCAGUGUCUGCAGGGGUGGACGGGGGCGAGCAGGGGGGAGCAGUGCAGUGGGGCAGUGGGAGUCACGGGCAGCACACCCACACCCACCUGCUGCUGCACCUGGUCUUCUCUGCCCGCCACCCACCCCUGCUGCCACCACCCCCACCCGUCGCCUCUGCCUCCCGUGCUUCAGCACCACCACUUUCCCUCCCAUCAGCCACCUCCACCGCCCCGCCGCUCCCCGCCGUCCUGCCAGCGCUGCUGCCAGCUGUGGCUGCCGCCCUGCUCGUGCGGCCCAGCCGGGUGUCCCUCGCCGCCUUCUCCUCCUCCACGCUGCUGCUGCCCUCCCCGCCCCGCACAGUGGGGGACGGAGCACAUGACGCUGAGCAGCAGCAGAGGCACUUCACCAUGGCGUCGCUGACCAUCCAGUGCCCCUCGCCACGCGCCCACCACACGGUGCCUGCACGCACCUGCUCCCACGAGGCACAGCGCCUGGCUGCACUGGUGCGCGCGGGGCGGUGCCAGGGCGUGGGGGAGCGCGUGCAGCGGGCCAUGCGGGGAGAGGGGGCGGUGGAGAAGGUGGGCAGUGCUGACUCGCCCGUGCUGCUGCGCUGCUCCCUGCACGCCCUGCUGCCUGCUGCUCACCGUGACACCGCUCCUGACCUCUCUGACUCGCGUCUCGCCACUCCCUCACACGCUGCUGCCUCUGCGGCUGCCCAGCCUGAUGCGGCCUCGGUGGCAAAUGGCAGCAGCAAGGACGAGGGGCAGAUUGGCGGGUUGCGGAAGGGAGAAGCGGAUGAGGGGGAGGGGGUGGAGCACGGGGUGGUGGAAGAGGUGGUGAGCUCAGUGCUGGGGGGGACGGCAAUGCUCGGGAGGCAGCAACAGGGCGUGCAGGAGGGCUCUGACGUGCCUCUCGGUUAG